AUGAACGCCGAAAACUUCGCCAAGCUCACGGCCAUCUUAGAUCUCCUCGACCGCUACAAGAAGAACCUCGCCCAGGCUGUGCAGGUCGAGAACCCGGUGCAGGCUAGGCACGUGCUGCGGUCGGGCCGCACCCUGUCCAAGAGGUCCACACGUUCGGAAGGUCUGUCUGCCUUCGGCAACGCCAAUGAAGGCCAGCAGCCAAUGGACGCCGUGGCGCAUGCCCAGGAACGGCGCAAGACAGUCAAUCGAGCUCAGACGCUCCUCUUCAGAAGGCGGACAAGGCUGCGAAAAUCUUUCCCCAGUCUGUCAGAACCCGCCAGCAAAAGCAUUUCUAUAUCAUGCCUCGAUGAGGACCUCAAAGACUGCGUCGUCAGUCGGGGGAUGAUGCGCAUUUUUGAGAGCAGGCAAGACACCAAUAAACGCAGCUCAGAAAGUUCUGAGUGUGAAGCGCAAAGCGACUGCCUCGACUAUAUGCCCGAAAAAAGCUUCGGGCCCCCAGACGUUGACUGGGAAGAUCCACCUUGGCAACCCCCGAUGCCUUCUGGCAGUUUCGAUACGUUGAGCAGUGACGACUAUGCCAGUCUGCGUCCCGAGAUCUUGGGCCAGUUGUUUGACAAAAUCCUCGACUGUCUGCAGAACGACUUCGACGAAUUAGUUGGAAAGCUGAAAGAACAGAACGUUCACCUAAAACAGGAUGUCAUUUCCCUGAGAAAGAAACUUCAAGAUGCUGUGGAGACUAACGACGAUCAGGUGCAAGAACUGAAGGAGAUGACGGAUCGCAUCUCAUACUUAGAGACCGAGGGUCGCGAACUUACCCGACAACUCAGCACCCUAGAAAAACGCAUCAAGGCGUACCAGGAUAACCAGAAGGAUCUGCUAAAACUGGAGGAGGAGAAGCACACAUUGAGUCGGGAGUGCGCAUCGUUGCAAGAGUUGAUAAAGAAGCUGACGCUGCAAGUGAGCGCGCAGGACUCUCAGAAGGUGUCGGAGUUGGCUCAGGAUUUGAUGACUUUGAAGGAAAAGGAGAAGGAGAUAAAGUCUUUAAAGCAACAACUGAGCAAGAAGGAGCGGCUCCUUGAGUCUUUAAACGCAAGGCUCGCAACGCAACCGUUCCCAUCCAUCUUAGAAUCGCUGCGCGGCGCAGAGGCCGCCAGUAGACAAGCCACACCUCGGGGCUCCUUUGGCCACUUGUUCAGCUCGGUCUCCAGCCCCCGAAGGACCUCCGUUAAGCACCUGCUCGCCACUCCCCAGCCUCCCUCUUCAGAACCGGGUCUCUCCCUGGCCACAGAGUUGCAGCUCACCAAAAUACCGAGCGUGACGCGCAGGCUGGUAGAGGUGCAGGAGAAACUGGGGGCCACAUUGGCGGAGCUGGACAAAUUGCGGGAGUCCAACGAGUCUCUCAGAAGUGAACUCGACAAAAUGCGCAAAGAACUGGAGGACAAAGAAGCAGCGACGCAUCAAGAGCUGCAGGAGCGUUCGAGUGAGCUAGCUGCUGCUCGGGAGCAGCUCAAAGAGAAGACAUCGGCGCUGCAGCGCACAACAGAGGCCUUGAACACAACUAAGGGAGACCUUAACGCCUCGACAGCAGCUCUGUAUUUAACGGCAGCAGACAACGAGUACCUGCAGGCGGACAACGAACGCCUCAAGGCCCAAGUUGCAGAAUCGAAGCAAAUGCUGCGGGAAGCCCAGGAACGCCAUGCAGAGGCCUUGGCGUCGCGCGCUCCACCAGCCGUUGUAAAGGAUUUGGAGGAAAGAGUCGCUCAGCUCGUGCAGGAGCUGCAGGCCAGAGCCUCUCUGCUGGAUAGGGCAAAGAUGCAGCAGGGAGAGUUGGGGGAGGAGCUAGCGCAGAUGCAGCGCAGCGUUGAGCAGAGUAUGCAGCAGAUCGAGGAGUUAUCUUCGCAAGUGAAGACACUCGAGGGGAAGCUGGCUGCAACAAACAACGUGGCAAGUGCCCUUGGAGAGGCAAGCAACAAAAUAAUUGAGUUGGUGAAAAACGGAAAUGCGGGCGGAGAGGACAGCGAGGAGGCGGUGAGGCGACAAGAGGCACUCCUGGAUUUGCUGGAGCAGGAGCGCCGCCAUACUGAGGCCCUAGUUGAUAGUAUAAAGCAACAGCAGUCGAUUGAGGUAGAGCAACGGGAGUUCCAGGAGACUGCUGAGGCGAUGCAGCAGCAGCUGCGGGAACAGGUGGAGUGCCUGCAGGAGCAGCUGCAGCAGCAAGAAAAGGAGGCUGAGGCAAUGAGGCAGGACUUAUAUCAGCAGGUUGAAAUGACAGAUAAGGCCAAAGAGGAGGUGCAGGCAGAGCUGCGCGCAGCGUGCGACAGGCUGCGGGAGCUGCAGCAGCAGCUGCAGGAGACAGUACAGCAGAAGCAGGAACUGGAAUUGGCAGCAUCGGAGUGGGAGGCCCAGAGGACGGAGAUGAGUCGCGAGAGGGAAGAAACUCAGGAAGCAAUGCAGGCACAGGAACGCGAGCUGCAGCAGGUGCAAGAGCGAGUGCAGGAGCUGCUGCAUCAGAUCGACGAGUACGUCAGCAAGGAAGCAGCCUAUAUCGCUGAGGGGGAGGCUCUUCGGGGAAACAUAGGACAGCUGGAGCUGUCGAUGAAAGCAGCAAAGGAAGAGACGGAGCGGCAGCUAGCUGAAAAGGAGCAGGACAGGCAGCAGCUGGAGAUGGCGCAGCAGACAGCAAUGGCCGUGCUGCAGCAGCAGAUUGAACAGCUUAAGGGAGAAAGAGCACACGCUUUAGAAAGUUCCCACCGGGAGGAGACAGCAGCCCUGAAGCACGAGUACGAGGCUCUGAAGGAGACAGUGAACAGUCUGAGGGAGCAGAACGCCAGCUUAUUGGAGCAGCUGGAGCAGCAACAGAAGCAGACGCGCAGUGCGCAGGAGGACGAGCAGCAGCGGUGGCAACGCAAGUACCACGGCUUGCUCUCGAGUCUGGGGGAUGCUCAAGACAGGUACAAGCACCUCGAGCUGCUGCUGCAGCGGAGCUACAGGGAGUCCCACAAGUGGCUUCAGGAGGCGCAGCAGCAGCUGCAGCAACUACUGCAUAGGGACAGCCAGAGCCGAGAACUUCAGCUCAAGCAGAGCCCGCAACAGCUCGAGCAGGGAUGCACGGAGCUGGGCGUGGGAAGCUCAGGGCUGAGGGAGCCGCAUGCAGCGGCUGCCCAUCCCGGGCUUGAGAAGGGGAAGCAGCAGGAGGAGGUUCUGGGGGGUGGUAAGGCCGUCAUCACUCAGCAGCAGCAGAUGCCGGACGCUGAGGCCUUGCAAAUGGCCCCAGAGGCACUCAAACCACUGCAGCAGCUCCUUGCCAUCCUUCAGGAACAGCGGCAGCAGUUUGGGGAAGCGGAGAACAAACAAAAACUCCUCAUAGCCGCCAAUGAACGGAUGCGCAGGGAAAACCAAUACCUCAAGGCGGAGGUGGAGGAGCUGAAGAAUCUGGUUUUGACUGAGAAGCGGGAUGGGGGCGUCGCCAGCGUACUGGAGGUGGUGCAGCGACAGCUCGACCAGUUGGCUACUGCAUUUGAUGCCUUUAAGAAGGCAGAGGCGCAGCAGCUCGCGGAUAUGAAGGGAGCUUUAGGAGGCCCUACGCACGUCUUCAACGUCUCCUACCCUCCCUUUGUCAUCCCGAUGGUGAAUGUGCACGAAAGCAGAGACGGCAACGACAAGACUAUCAACAUUUCGGGCAUAUUGGACGUACGGGCAGCCUCCACUGGCGGGGUUCCUGCAGGGGGGUUGGGGGGCCUCUUCGGUCCUCGGGCGCCUCUCCCUGCUCUGCAGGGCAGCCGUUUCCGCGAGUGGGUCUCGAGAUGGUGCGACAGAGGUUGCUGUUCAUCCAAUGAAGGGCUUCUUAACGGCCCCGUUUGCUGCUCAGGAGAGGACUGCGGCGCAGAUGCCCAGGGGGACACCUGGCACACGAACACACAGGUCUUCAAACCUACGGGGAAGGAGGAGGUGCAGGCCUUGCGCCUGUGCGUGGGCCCUGCGGGCAGCGCUCCCAGGCUGGAGGGGCCUUUUCAAUUGUCUGAGAUGAUGGAGUUGCCGCCAAAGGAAACAAACCCUAGUAGCAGCAAUAACAGCAACUGCAACAGCAGUAACAACCUUGCUCCUGCAGCGGCGUGCUGA